AUCAUCGCCGCUGUCCAAACGAACUGCGUACCGACCUUGAUGUAUGGUUAUCCUCUGUCCCCCUUCCCCUUCGUAAACUGUCUCUUCCUCGACAUGUCAUUCGACAAAACGCAAUCUCAUUGUCAUGACAGUUUCUGAAGAGUUGCGGAUUCUUCUUUCUCAGUCUUUCGACACACUUUGUCCGCUAUCAACUACAUUCCAGACUUUCUAUUUUCCCUGGUGUAAAAUGUUCGCAUUUCUGAUCCUCUUCUUCACCCUGACGCCGUUUCCUGCUUCCUCCUACAACGUGGACACGAGUCGCCCCAUCGUCUAUGAAGAUCAGGACCCUGGAGGAAAUGGAUAUUUCGGAUACACCGUCGCACUCCGAUCGUACCAACAACCUACUGCCUCGGCCAGCAUCUUCAUUGGUGCUCCGAAAUACAAUAAAGGUGAGGGUGCCUUGUACCGGUGCUCCGUAAAUGUGAACGAAACACGUGGCAACUCCUGCCGAAGACUGAAGCUCGACCAGGCCUCCAUUUCAAAAGAUAUUAGAGUACAGGGUUCUGAAUAUCUGAAAAUCACACGAUUUGGGACCGUCGGGUGGCUUGGAGCAAGUCUCGCGACUCGAGAGUACUCUGAUCUUAUGGUCUGCGCUCCACGCACGUCAUUCGAAUAUACUACGAAUGACGCCGUCUUUGAAAGCAGGACUACGGAGUUGCGGGACGAUAUGCGUGGAAUUUGCUACAACCUGCCUGAUGCCAUCGGCGACACCCUUUACCGCGAUAACUCCGUGUUAUUACCUGGCGAAUACUUGUUACAACGCACCAAUAUUAAUGCUCUGUAUGGAUUCUGCAUCAACUAUGCUGCGAAAAAGGACCUGAACACCGUCGAGCUAAUCAUUGGGAGACCUAGAUUGAACAAGGUCGAUAUUCAUCACGAAAAUAAAACGGAGACCAGAGUAUAUCCCGGUCUCGGUGCUGGCGAUUUUGACGAGGCAUUAGCGAAUGCCGCAGUAGGUGCCAAUCUUGGCUACUCGGUCACCUCGGGAUACAUUUUCCGUCCCAAAGAGCUGGUAUUUGCCGCUGGAACGCCGGCAUUGAAAAAAACGGGCCAGGUCGUGGUUUACUUGCCGGGUACUGCGUGGGAAACAAAAAUCGACGGUUCCGUACUGGGCGAGUACUUUGGCGCGAGUUUGACCACCGGGGAUUUUGACAACGACGGUUUGGAUGACAUUGCCGUAGGUGCGCCUCAUUGGGGCGAGGUCGACUACGGUCGGGUCUACACAUAUUACGGCAACAAUAAGGUAUACGAUUCACCGACUUUCGAUCUCACCUUCGGCAUCGUCGAUAUCUUCUUCGUCUUUGGCUCCAUUUUGUGUAAACACGUGUCUCUCCGUAUCAUUGACCUUACGCAAUAGUGUCCUACGCAGUUCUUUUCAGAUAUCCGCUACAAUCUUUCA